CCUGCCCAUCCACUAGGAUCUAUCCAACUGAAAGCAAAGCAGCCCUAGAAAUUUUCUCUCUUCCAAAGUUGGAAAGCUCGGGCAAUGUCGCGUAGAGAGGGUCGAGAUUCCGACUCCAGACGGCACCGUUCAAGGUUCGACCGAGAACCCAGUCCUAAGAGGUCUAGGAGGGACGGAAAACCUGAGACUGAAAGGGUGGUCUCCAACAAUGAUGUUGGAGACAGGGCAGACCAGGGUGAAAGGCAGCGGCGUCGGUUGCAAGAUGCUUUGCCCCUUGAGACCUCGUCAGCUCAUGAUUCUUCUAAGAUCGACAGUGGGACUGUUAAUAAGGAAUCAGAUAGGAAAAACAAUGGACACCAUCAAGGGACUAAAAAUUCUUCUGAUCCAACUGAAGUACCUCGGUCCAGAUCAUAUUUUCAGCAUGAUGAGCGUGGUAAUGCCGCGCAAGCUGGUAGAAGUUUUGGUCGGAGAGCAGCUGCUGAGCGUGGAGGGAGGGAUGCAAAGGAUCAGCAUGAUGAAAGGGAGACUAAAACAUAUGAAAGGAGGCAAAGAGAUGAGAAACCACAAACCAAAGGGGAUGGCAAUGGUGAUUGGCGCCAUGAUAGGUAUUUCGAAAUGGAGGCUGAUCCACUACCACAGCCACCACCUACCAGGAAACGACCUGCAUUUAGCGAGAAAAAGAUACCAGCGGCUACUCAAAGUACUGACAACACAACAAAGGAGCCAGAAAAGGCUAGCCAUUCUGGUCACCAUGUUAUAGGAAGUGAAAGAAGACAUGUUAUAGGAAGUGAAAGAAGAGUGGACAGGGACCGCAACCCCCAACAUUUGGACAGACAGGAUAGACUCACUGCUGGAGAUCAGGUACCAAACAGAAGAGAAGCACCCAGAGGUGGAUUUUCAUCGCGUGAAAGGCCUGGAGUUGGUGGUGGUGAUUUCAGGAGAAGAGAUAGAUUCAGUGGAAGGCAGGGGUAUCGUUCAGGUGGUACUCGUGUUGAGAAGUGGAAGCAUGAUUUGUUUGACGAGGCCAACAAGAGUCCACCCAGAAAGAACGAAGAGGAUCAGAUUGCAAAGGUGGAGUCCCUCUUGGCUUCCUAGAGCUCAAGCAAUGCUUUUAGUGGCCCUUUGAUUUGAUUAGAUUAUCCAAGGUCAAGGGUCUUUGAUCAAACCUUUUUCAAAACCCUUUUUUUUUUUUUUUUUUUUGCUUUAUUCGGUUGUGUUGUAUUUCAGGUGCAAAGCGUGUCUAUCUGUUUACGAUUGCAACUCUUUUGUAGUAGUGGAACGAUAGAACUUGGACCUUUGGGCGCUUUGUCCAUGAA